GCAUUGCGGUCAGUCAUACAAGCCCAGAAAUCAAGAGUCACCGGCUGACCAGUAGAUAUCAUAACAACAUUAUACAAAUAAGACUGACAAAACAUAUUGAUGAGGAUUUCCUAACACUGCAAGUAUGUGUCAUCGAAUUAAUGAUGUCAUGAAGCUGUGUUGUGAGUUAUCUGCCCAUCAGCAAAUCCAGACCACAGUGAAAGGCUCGGGAAAGGGAGCCGCAGCAGCAGGGGGGCUCGCCUUUGCUGGAGGCCUGGUUGGGGGUCCCCUUGGUAUUGCAGUCGGCGGUGCUGUUGGGGGCCUCCUGGGCUGCUGGCUGACCAGUGGACAAUUCAAACCUCUGCCUCAGAUCAUCAUGGAGCUCAACCCCCAGCAGCAGCAGAAGCUUUAUGAGAGUCUCAUGGUGGCCCUGGGGGACAUUCAGUGGACAGAUGUGCUUCAGUUAACUACUCUAGUGAUGGGGAACUCCGCCCUGAAGCAGCAGGCUACAGCCGUCCUCCUCGGGUACAUCACUAAGGAGCUCCAGGCGGAGGUGCACUACGUGGAUUAGAGUCUGUGGAGUCAGGGACGCAGAAGGAUGGAACCUUUGAAAAUAAUGUGAACUUUUGUUUUGAGAGACUCUUUACUUAAUGUAAAAUAUGAUAUUUUAAAAGUGUACAGCCACCAUCACACUCCUGGAUACACUAUGGGUUUAGCAAAUGAUUGUGGAAAAGCUGUGACACACAUCAGUUUAAGGUACUAUUUAUUAAUAAGCAUUACAUGGCACUGACGGUUAUGGUUAGGCUACACUGAUUUCAAUAUAUAAACACUGGUGAUUAUGCAAUGAAUGAGUGCCAACUGUAUAAUGUGAAAUAUUCUUUGAUUUGCUGGCCAUUUAUUGGCUUUAUGACUGGGAGUUCACCAUUAUCUGUGUACCUUAUAUUGUAUUUAAAUUAUUUCAUCAAUUAAAACAAAAGGUUUGUGUUUUUUUCACUGACUUAUAAAGUUUUA